UAAAUCUUCAAACUGUCAAAAGACCAUAUCAUCGUCCACUGAUAAGUGGGGGAAAAAAGAGAGAAAGAUCUAUGCUUUCACCAAAGAGAUGCCUCCUUCAAAUCUCUCUCUCCUAUUAACACUUCUAUUACUUAUCUCCACCGACGCAAUUUCUACCACCGCCGCCGCCGCCGCCCCUCUUUACUUUAAAGAAGCACCCAAAUUCUACAACUCACACAAUUGCCUUCCCGCCGAUGAUAUCUGCUCCGGUAAUGCAGUUCAUGUCGCCAUGACUCUUGAUGCUGCUUACCUCCGGGGAUCCAUGGCUGCCAUUCUUUCCGUCCUUCAACACUCUUCUUGCCCGGAAAACAUUCGCUUCCAUUUCGUCGCCUCCGCCUCCGCAUACACCGACAACAUCCAGCUCACACUCGCCACCUCCUUCCCUUACCUCCGUUUCAACGUCUACAGAUUCGACGACCCCGCCGUUUUAGGACUCAUCUCAACCUCCAUUCGCUCCGCCCUCGACUGCCCACUAAACUACGCUCGUAACUACCUCGCCGACCUCCUCCCCGCCUGCGUCAACAAAGUCGUCUACCUCGACUCCGACCUGGUACUCGUCGACGACAUUGCAAAACUCGCCGCCACACCCUUCGGAGACGAAACUGAUCGCAAAGUCCUCGCAGCACCGGAGUACUGCAACGCCAACUUCACAUCCUACUUCACGCCGACGUUCUGGUCAAACCCUUCUCUCUCCGCCACAUUCUCCGACCGAAAAGCAUGUUACUUCAACACCGGAGUCAUGGUGAUCGAUCUUGCGAGGUGGCGGGAGGGAGAUUACACCACAAAGAUUAUAGAAUGGAUGGAGUUACAGAAAAGAAUAAGGAUAUACGAACUGGGAUCACUACCUCCUUUCCUACUUGUUUUCGCCGGAAAGAUAGCUCCGGUGGACCACCGAUGGAACCAACAUGGAUUAGGUGGUGAUAAUUUUCAAGGUCUUUGCCGUGAUUUACAUCCGGGGCCGGUGAGUUUACUGCAUUGGAGUGGGAAAGGGAAGCCAUGGGUUAGACUAGAUGGGAAUAGAGCUUGUCCUUUGGAUACACUUUGGGCACCUUACGAUCUUUUACAAACUUCAAAUGUUCUUGAAUCUUGAGGUACAAGAAUUUUCAACAAUUUUCUCCAAAUUAUAAAUCAAAAUACGUCCAUUAAUACAUGUAUACAUGCGUAUGUCUACGUAUUUUUACCUAUACGACUCUAUAGACGACUCUAAUAAGUCGUUAAAGAUCGUUUGAGAUAAUAUUUUGAUAUGUAUCUUUGGGGGAAAAACUGUUGAGUGUAAAUUAUUACGCCUUUAAAGAUAAAGAUAUAUACACGUGCUAGAUUUCCAUC